AUGGCAUUCCGCUACAGCGCGCCACUGGAGGAGCGCGACGGCCUGGCGUCGUUCUCGCAGUGCCGCGUGCUGCGGCGCAACUUCUCGGCGCUGCUGGCCGCCGCGCCCUCCGAGGAGGAGCUGCUGCUGCUGCCGCGGCCCGCGGCCAACGCCAGCGCCGCCGCCGGGCCCUGCCACAGCGGCUGGCACUUCGACUACUCGCAGUACGCCACCACCGUCAUCACGGAGUGGGAGCUGGUCUGUGACAGGGACUACUACGCAACGCUGGCACUCGUCCUUCUGGGCGUGGGCGGCCUCAUCGGCAACUACAUCUUCGGGUACCUGCAGGACAGCAUCGGGCGACGUCCGGCGUUCUUCAUCUACUUGUUCAUCGAGUGCUUCUUCGGCAUCGCUACGGCAUUCGCUCAGGACUUCGUCACGUGGACGCUCCUACGCUUUGGACUCGGUUUCACCGUCCCUGCCAUCCUUGGAACACCGUACGUCCUUGCGAUCGAGUUGGUGGGCCCGGAGAAGCGCACGACAAUGACGAUAAUGAGCAACAUCGCGUACUCCUUCGGACUGGUACUGCUGUCUGCCGUGGUGUACCUGGUGCGCGACUGGCGCCAGCUGGCGCUCGCCACCUCGGUGCCGUUCCUCUCCUUCUUCCUCUAUUGGUGGGUGCUUCCCGAGUCCCCGCGCUGGCUGCUGGCGAGAGGUCGCUUCGAGGAGGCGGAGACCAUCCUGAAGAAGAUCGCGCGCGUCAACGGCAAGUCGCUGCCGGCCAACUACAUGGUGCAGCUCAAGCGCAGGUUCCAGGUGGAGCAGCACGUGCAGCACCGCGAGAAGCAGCGCCGCUACGGCAUCACCGACCUGGUGCGCACGCCCAACAUGCGCCGCAAGACGCUCAUCAUCACCUUCAUCUGGUUCACUAACACGAGCGUGUACGUGGGCCUGUCGUACUACGCGCCUGCGCUGGGCGGCGACGAGUUCCUGAACUUCUUCCUGGCCGGCGUGGUGGAGCUGCCGACCUACCUGUUCCUGUGGCCGGCGAUGGAGCUGUGGGGCCGCCGCUGGACGCUGUGCCUCAGCAUGGCGGUGGGCGGCGCCGCCUGCCUCGCGACCGUCCUCGUCCAGAGCAAUCCGUCGCUGACGCUCGGGCUGUACUGCGUGGGCAAGAUGGGCAUCUCCUCGUCGUACGUGGUGCUGCCGCUGCUCGCCUCGGAGCUGUACCCCACGGUGGUGCGCGGCAUCGGCAUGAGCACCUCGUCCGUCUUCGGCAUGCUGGGUCCCAUCUUCAUCCCGCUGCUCAACUACAUGGGGGAGGAGAUGCUGGUACUGCCGCUGAUGACGAUGGGGGCGCUGCUGGUGGCGGGCAGCGCAUGCAGCCUGCUGCUACCGGAGACGCUGCACCGCGGUCUGCCGCAGACGCUGGAGGACGGCGAGGCCUUCGGCCGCGACUGGAGCUGGAGGGACUUCAUCCGCUGCUGUCCGCCCAGAGUGGGAGACGUGUCAAUGGAAGAUAAGCCAACGUCCUUAGAAUCACCACUAAGAAGCCUGGUGCUGCAGCACCACCAAAAGGCGGCGGCGGGCAGCGGCGCGUCUCCGCCACAGAACACGCCGUCCGCAUCACCGUCGUGUGAAGUCCGCCGCCCGACGCCCCGCUGACGACACAAGUGCCUUCUCCUGUCUGCUCCUCUCCUCCGGAGGGACCAAGCCACACUUUAGACAAACGCAAAUGUUACGACAUGUUUACACAUUUUAUGGAAUGUUAUAUUUAGUAAUUUAUAUUUACUGCCACGUGUAUUUGAUACCACAGAAAUUUAAAGAAGAAUCUCACGUUGU